UUCUUCCUUUCAAAACACACCUAUAAAUUUCCUUCUCCAAUUCAGCAACAUAAAUCAUUAUUCUUUGUUUCAUGACCAAACAUAGCGCUUUUUCUUAGCAUAUGUCUCAAUGGUCCAACGUUCCUCACUCUUGUUCCAUAGCCUUCGGCCUCCAUUCCCAUCUUCUUGUCUCCAGUGAAAUGAACCCAAACUCCAAUUGGUCCUCUUGAACCCAAACCAAACCCUUUAAUUACAUUCCAUUCUUUUCUCUCAUCAAAAUUUCUCCCCGGAAAAUUCUGACAAAAUCAACCACACCCCACCUCUUCAAUUUCAUUGAUUCUUUCAAAAUAACAAACUUUUUGGCUUGAAUCGAAAUGGGUGUCAAAGGUUUCGUCGAAGGAGGCAUUGCUUCCGUGAUCGCAGGGUGCUCCACCCACCCUCUUGAUCUAAUCAAGGUCCGAAUGCAGCUCCAAGGAGAGACCCAACACUCAAAUCUCCGACCCGCACUCGCUUUCCACCCAACUUCCGUCCACGCGCCGCCGCAUCGUCCGGCAAAAGCAGGUCCCAUCGCCGUCGGCGUCAAAUUAGUCCAACAAGAAGGCGUCGCCGCGCUUUUCUCCGGCGUCUCCGCCACCAUCCUCCGCCAGCUUCUCUACUCCACCACCCGCAUGGGGCUCUACGAAGUGCUCAAGGAGAAAUGGUCCGAACCCAAUUCCGCCGGCGGCACCACCAUGCCCCUCACCCGCAAGAUCGCGGCAGGACUCAUGGCCGGCGGAAUUGGCGCCGCCGUCGGCAACCCGGCCGACGUGUCAAUGGUCCGCAUGCAGGCCGAUGGAAGACUCCCACCGGCCCAACGACGGAAUUAUAAAUCCGUCGUUGAUGCUAUCACCAGAAUGGUGAAAGACGAGGGCGUGACCAGUUUAUGGCGCGGUUCAUCUCUCACGAUAAACCGCGCCAUGCUGGUGACGGCCUCGCAGCUGGCCUCUUAUGACCAGUUCAAGGAGAUGAUUUUGGAAAGGGGUGUAAUGGGUGACGGGCUUGGGACCCAUGUGACGGCAAGUUUCGCGGCGGGGUUUGUGGCGGCGGUCACGUCGAACCCCGUCGACGUGAUCAAGACUAGGGUGAUGAACAUGAAGGUGGAGCCCGGGGCGGCGCCGCCGUACUCCGGUGCACUCGAUUGCGCCAUGAAGACGGUGCGCGCGGAGGGUCCCAUGGCUCUUUACAAAGGCUUUGUUCCCACGAUUUCGAGACAGGGACCCUUCACGGUUGUCCUGUUCGUCACGUUGGAACAGGUGCGCAAGUUACUUAAGGAUUUUUAAGUGCGAAGAUAAUGACGAAGAACAAAAUAUUUCGAAAGGUUUCAUAAGUAAGAGUUUUUGUUUAGGUGUCUUUUGUCCCGUGAGUGUUUUUGUUUAGUUUUAAGAUAAGGGUUAUAUCAAUAAUAUAAAAGAUGGGUGUUACUGUUAUUUAGUUCAAAAAUUCAAAUUUAAUUGGUAUUAUGUUAAUCCUUAGUCUUUAUUACCUAGGUAGAUCAUUUUUCCCCUUUUAGCUAAUUCAUAAAAUUCUUUACGUUUGGGUAAUUCCACACGCCAGAUUAUGAAGUUCCCUUUUCCUUUUUUAAAUGAA